AAAUACUUUUACUAUACCCCUCACAUCACACACUCAAACAUGGCAGUAACCUUCAAAGCUUGCAACACCGUGAGGCCUAUAGAGCCAUCAUUGCACGAACGUGUCCCUUUAUCUGAAUUGGAUCAAAUAGGCACCAUAACCCACGUCCCCAUAAUCUACUUCUACCGUCCCCAACAAAACUGGCUCUCCCACAAUAAUUCCACCAUGGCUUCCACCUUGAAGGACUCACUAAGCCGAGUCCUGGUGCCGUUUUACCCCCUAGCCGGUCGUUUACACUGGAUAAACAACGGUCGUUUAGAGCUUGAAUGCAACGAUAAGGGUGUUCAGUUCGUGGAAGCGGAGUCAACGUCAAGUUUUGAAGAUCUCGGUGACUUUUCACCUUCUUCAGAGUACCACCACCUUGUCCCCAAAGUAGACUACAGUCUCCCCAUUCACGAGCUUCCCUUGGUGCAGGUUCAGCUUACGAGGUUCAAAUGCGGUGGCAUCAGCAUCAGCUUAAACAUCUCACACGCCGUGGCGGACGGGCCCAGCGCGAUGCACUUCACGUGCGAGUGGGCCAGGCUCGCACGUGGGGAGAGUCUCGGAAUGGCACCGUUUCUCGACUGGAGAGUGCUGCGUGCGGGGGAGCCUCCUUUGGCACUGGUGCCCCCCGCAACAUGCCACGUGCACACGGCGUUCGAGCACCCUCCGUUGUUGCUAGGCCAAACCGGGAACACCGAGGAACGAAAGAAGAAAACAACAGUGGCGAUUCUGAAACUGAGUAAAAUCCAGGUUGAGACGUUGAAAAAGACAGCGAAUGAGAGCUGGGGAAAAGCUAGUAACGGUCGCGGUUAUAGCCGUUACGAGAGUGUGACUGGGCACGUGUGGAGAAGUGCAUGCAAGGCGAGGGGGCACAGAGAGGAGCAACCUACGGCGCUUGGCGUUUGCGUUGACUCGAGGUGUCGCAUGCAGCCACCUUUGCCGAAAGGGUAUUUCGGGAAUGCGACUUUGGAUGUUGUUGCUACUAGUUUGGCUGGUGAUUUGGUUUCGAAGCCGUUGGGGUAUGCCGCGAGUAGGAUAAGGGAAGCGAUUGAGAGGGUGAAUGACGAGUACGUGAGGUCGGGGAUUGAGUUCUUGAAGAGGCAAGAUGAUUUGAGUAGGUUUCAGGAUCUUUAUGCGAUUGGGAGUGAGAAGGGGCCUUUUUAUGGGAACCCUAAUUUGGGUGUGGUUAGUUGGUUGAGUUUGCCCAUCUAUGGCCUUGACUUUGGGUGGGGUAAGGAGGUUUAUAUGGGUCCUGGGACGCACGACUUUGAUGGGGAUUCUCUGCUUCUUCCUGGUCCAGAUGGGGAUGGCUCUUUGCUGCUUGCUUUGUGUCUUCAAGUGCUGCAUAUGGAUGCCUUCAAGAACCAUUUUUAUCAAGAUAUUCUGUAAGAAUCAUGGGAAGACACUUGUGUACGUGCAUGCUACUACAAUAUCACAUUCAACACCUUCUUAGUUAAUUCAAAUAAACUAAAUAAUAAGAUAAGUACAAUUUUAAUUAAAUAUGAAUAGCUUCCUUAUGCGCAUCUAAACUGUAUCUUCAUUUCUGAACCAUUAAUUGUGUUAUAUUGUAAUUUUAUGAUUAUAUUCUAUUAAGAUA